AUGCCACUGCCAGAUUUAUCAAACCAAACUACCAAGAUUAUAAGCUUAGCAUUCUUUACAAUCACCACACUUCUUAAAUUUGUUUGCAUUAUAAUAAUAAAUGCUCAAAAAGAUUCGUCUUGCAUUGCUGGUUGGCAUGUUAAUGAGGAACUUUCCAAUCAUUUACUAUUGAUCAGUACGGGAUUAGUACCAGACAUAAUAAUGUUAAUAAGUAUCGGACUAGGUAUGAUGUUUAAAACCUCAAAUAUAGGAGCAGAUCCUGGGACUAUUAUUUAUAAUUUUAUUAUUGGUUUCUUAAGUAUUUGUGCCUUAUUUCCUUUUUUUGGUAUCGAGGAUUGUAAAAGUGAUAAUUUGGGGAAAAUUAAGUCGGUUGGUAUAUAUGCAACACUAGCUGGAAUUUUGCAUAUAGCAAAUGGAGUUGUUUGUUUAACAUUUUUAGCUUCAGAGGAGAGAUCUGAACCAGAUUCGCAACCUUCAACUUCCACUUCAAAACCCAGUAAAAAUACUGAACCAAAACCUUCUACUUCUAAAGUAUCCUCUAAAAAAUAA